CCUUCCCGCCAUGUCCGACCUGGAGCCUGGGGUCAUCCGGAAAUUGGAUGAAGUGGUGGUCAAUCGAAUCGCUGCCGGUGAGAUUAUCCAGCGACCUGCCAACGCACUCAAGGAGCUGCUGGAGAACAGCCUGGACGCACAGUCAAGCCACAUUCAAGUCCAGGUCAAAGCGGGAGGCCUGAAACUACUCCAAAUCCAGGACAACGGCACUGGCAUACGAAAAGAAGAUCUUGGCAUUGUCUGUGAACGCUUUACCACAUCGAAGCUAUCGAAGUUUGAGGACCUUACUCAUAUAGCAACGUUCGGCUUCAGGGGUGAAGCUCUGGCCAGUAUCAGCCAUGUUGCUCACUUGAGUAUCCAAACUAAGACAGCGAAGGAGAGGUGUGGCUAUAAGGCCACCUAUGCGGAUGGCAAGCUCCAAGGGCAGCCGAAACCCUGCGCCGGUAACCAGGGCACUAUCAUAUCCAUCGAGGAUCUCUUUUACAAUAUGCCGCAACGUCGCCAGGCCCUGAGGUCGCCGGCAGAAGAGUUCCAGAAGCUAUCGGAAGUGUUGGCGAGGUACGCCGUCCAUAAUCCUCGGGUCGGUUUCACUCUUCGCAAGCAGGGAGAAGCUCAGCCAAGUCUAAGAACUCCAGUCGACAGCUCUCGUUCCGAGAACAUUCGAAUCAUCUAUGGCGCAGCAAUAUCCAAAGAGCUGUUGGAAUUCAGCCAUCGGGACGAAGUAUUUAAGUUCGACGCCGAAUGCUUGGUUACCCAAGUCAACUACUCUGCCAAAAAGAGUCAGAUGCUUUUGUUCAUCAAUCAUCGGUUAGUAGAAUCUACUUCAUUAAAGACCGCCGUUGAGUCCGUAUACUCGACAUAUCUGCCGCGGGGCCAACAUCCCUUCAUAUACAUGAGCCUCACCUUGCCAGCCCAAAAUGUGGACGUCAAUGUACAUCCCACGAAACACGAGGUGCACUUCCUCUAUCAGGACGAGAUUGUGGAGCGGCUAAAAGAGCAGUUGGAAGCCAGGCUCUUGGGAAGCAACUCGACACGAACCUUUUAUAAGCAACUUCGCUUACCAGGCGCUCCGGACUUGGAUGAAACGCAGCCAGGUGAUAAAACACAGCGAAUCUAUCCCAAGGAACUGGUCCGCACCGAUGCUAGCGAACAGAAGCUGGAGAAGUUCUUCACUUCUUUGGUUAAAAGCGACUCUGGGAUUUCGUCCACCUCCUCCGAGGGAGCUCCACCAUUGCCAGAAGAAAGUUUUCGACAGACAGCAGCACGAAAGUCGCGCGAAGUGCGGUUGAGCAGCGUACUGGACAUGCGUCAACGAGUGGAGAGAAAUUGCAGUGUCCAGCUUCGGGGCAUUCUCAAGAACCUAGUAUAUGUGGGUUGUGUGGACGAGCGAAGAGCUCUUUUUCAAUAUGAAACGCAUCUGUACCUAUGCAACACGCGCGCUUUUGCUGAGGAACUAUUCUAUCAGCGGCUAUUGUACGAAUUUCAAAAUUGUCCAGAAAUAAGCUUGAAUCCACCGCUUUCUGUCCAGGAACUAAUAAUGUUGGCACUGGAGAGCGAGGCAGCUGGUUGGACCCCUGAGGACGGUCCUAAAAAAGAAUUAGCUGAAAGCGCCGUGGAAAUUCUUCAGCAAAAGGCCCCGAUUAUGCGCGAAUAUUUUAGCCUUCGGAUUUCUGACGACGGACUUUUGGAAUCGCUGCCUACUUUGGUACCGCAACACCAACCCAAUGUGGCCCAUCUGCCAGUCUAUUUGCUACGUUUGGCCACCGAAGUAGACUGGGAAGAAGAGGUUCGCUGCUUUAAGACUUUUUGCCGGGAAACAGCUCGGUUUUACUCGCAGAUGGAGUGUCAAAGUGGCUCAAUGUCGGGACAUCCGAGGUGGAUCAUGGAACAUGUUCUUUUUCCAGCCUUUAAAAAAUAUCUGCUGCCACCUCCGCGCCUUAAGGAACAAAUCUACGAGUUAACCAACUUGCCCACACUUUAUAAAGUAUUUGAAAGAUGUUAAUAGGGCUUGCAUUU